AUGCAAAGACUCCAACAGCUCAACACCCACCUCCAGAAGGAAAACAUCUCUGGCUCCGCAGACGACGUCGUCAUCUGCUCAGCUGUCAGAACCCCCAUCACCAAGGGCAAACGCGGAGGCCUCAAGGACACUGCUCCCGAGUAUCUCCUCUCAGUGGUCCUCAGGGAAGCUGCUGCCAGAGCCAAAGUCAACGUCGCUGACAUCCAGGAUAUUGCAGUCGGCAAUAACCUGCAGCCCGGAGCUGGAGAAAUCCCCAACAGAAUGGCUAUGUUCUUGGCUGGAUUCCCCGAUACCACCUCCAUCGUGGCCGUCAACCGUCUUUGCUCCUCAGGUCUCGAGGCUUGCUCGAUCAUCGCAGCCAAGAUCAAGGCUGGAGUUAUCGAUAUCGGUAUUGGAUCUGGAGUGGAGUCCAUGUCCGUCUAUGACAUGAACAGCUCUGUUAAUGUUGAAAAGAUUUCUGAAGCCGUGUUUGAAGACGAGAAGGCUCGUGGCUGCCUCAUGGGAAUGGGAGAAACUUCUGAAAAUGUCGCUGAGAAGUUCGGAGUUAACAGGCAAAAACAAGAUCAAAUGGCUGUUGAUUCUCACCAAAAAGCCUUCAAGGCACAACAAAGCGGCCUUUUCGACAGUAUUUUUUAUUCGAUAUAGGAAAUCGUUGCUGUGAAGACCAAGAUCAAGGAUCAGGACGGCAAGGAAAAGGAAGUCGUUAUCAGCAAGGACGAUGGUAUCCGUAAAGAAACUACUCUGGAAAGCUUGGGCAAGCUGAAACCUGCUUUCCGCAAGACCGGAACCACAACUGCUGGAAACAGCUCUCAAGUUUCCGACGGUGCUGCUGCUGUCGUUCUCGCCAGACGCUCAGUCGCCCAAAAGUUGGGACUCCCCAUCCUCGCCCGCUUCGUCCACUACGCAGUGAAGGGCUGCCCUCCUGAGAUCAUGGGUAUCGGACCCGCUGUUGCUAUCCCUGAGCUUUUGGCUAAGACUGGCAAGAAGGUCAGCGACAUCGACAUCUGGGAAAUCAACGAGGCAUUCGCCAGUCAGGCCACCUACUGUGUGGAGAAGCUGGGCAUUGACUACGCCAAGCUGAACCCUAAGGGAGGAGCUAUUGCCCUCGGCCACCCCUUGGGAUGCACCGGAGCUCGUCAAAUCGCCACCCUGCUCCCUGAGCUUCAAAGGACUAAAGGAAAGUUGGGAGUUGUAUCGAUGUGCAUUGGAACAGGCAUGGGAGCUGCUGCCCUCAUCGAAAGAGAAUGA